AGCCAAACCAAUUUCUACAAAUUCGACCGGCGUCCAUUUCCUUUGGCUUCCGCCGCGUGGUCGCAGGAGGCGCCCGGCUCCCAAUUUCUCGAAAAUUACGAUAUAUUGCGUUUUAUUUGUAUAACCUAAUAUGGGGGAUGAAGCACCGUCUCCCCAUAAUGGGGGUCCACCGCCACUUAUGGGCGAUGGUGGUUCAGGGAGUCCCGGUGGUUUCAGGGGAAGGGGUCGCGGCGGAUUCGAUGGCCGUGGACGCGGUGAAGGCCGUGGCCGUGGAGGAUUCAGAGGCCGAGGUGGUGGAGACCGUGGACGUGGCGGUGGUGGCGAAUACAGGGGAAGAGGGGGCCAUGGCGGUGGCGACCGGGGGCGUGGAGGUGGAGAGUUCCGCGGACGCGGCGGCGGAGAGUUCCGGGGACGUGGAGGCCGUGGAGGACGAGGGGGCAUGGGAGGCCCCAGGAACCCAGAGGACCGGCUGAACGACAAGCUGCAGCAGAUCGGCGGCCCCACCUACGACCUGCCCGUCAAUGACAACAAGGAGCCCAAGAAGUUCACCAACAAGUGCCGCCUGUUCGUCGGCAACCUGACCGACGACACCACCAUGGACGAGUUCCAGGAGAUGUUCUCCGUCUUCGGAGAGAUCGCCGAACCGUACAUCAACCUCGAGAAGGCGUUCGGAUUCGUCAAGCUGGAUUACCGCGCCAACGCGGAAAAGGCACGCCAGGCCCUGAACGGCACCAUGCGUAACGGCCGGAUGCUGAAGGUGCGCUUCUCGGCCAUGGGCUGCACGCUGAAGGUGAAGCGGCUCUCGCCCUGGGUCAGCAACGAGCUGCUCGAGCUGGCCUUCUCCAUCUUCGGCGAGCUGGAGCGCGCCACCGUGGUGGUCGACGAGCGCGGAAAGUCCACCGGCGUCGGCAUCAUCGAGUUCGCUAAGAAGCCGUGCGCCCUCUUCUGUCUGAAGAAGUGCACCGAGAGCAGCUUCUUCCUCACAGAGGGCCUCUGUCCGGUCGAGGUGGAGCCGAUGAACGAAGAAGAUCUGGAGGACGGCCUCUCCGAACAAGUGCUGCCCAAGAAGAACCACGAGUACAUGCGCGAACGAUCGGUGGGGCCCCGUCUGGCCAUGCCCGGCUCGUUCGAAGCCGAGUACGGUAACCGCUGGAAGCAGCUGUACGAGCUGGAGAAGCAGCGCCGCGAACAGCUCGACCAGGAGAUGAAGAUGGAAAUGGAGAAGCUGCGCGACCAGAUGGACUUUGCGCGCCGCGAGCACGAGACGGAGAUGCUGCGCGAACAGCUGCGCCGCAGAGAGAUGGAGCAGGAGCGCACCAAGAGUGACUGGGACGUGCGCCAGGCGCAGCGCGAGCAGGAGCGACGCCGCAUGGAGGAGGAGAUGCAGCGCCGCCAGGAGUCGAUGCAGUCGCGCAUGCGCCAGUCCGAGGACGACCUGAAGCGCCGCCAGCAGGAGAACCAGCUGUUCAUGCAGGCCAACGAGCUGAACAGCCUUCUGGACCAGCAGGAGCAGGCCAUCUGGGACGGCGGCGCUGGAGGAGCGGGCGCGCCGCCCCCGGGUGCGGCGCCCGACGCCGGCUACGGCAGCGACGUGUGGACCGGAGCCGGGCAGGAGCAGUCGCCCUACGGUGGACCGCCGCCGGGUAUGGCUGGUCGCGGAGGACGUGGAGCCGGCCAGGUGGGCGGCAUGGAGAUGGGCGGCUUCGGCGCUCGCGGUCGCGGCGCGCCCCCGCCCGGUUUCCGCGGCGGCCGCGGCGGAUUCCGCGGAGGACCUCCGCGCGGAGGUGCCGCCGGCGGACGCGGACGACCCAUGGAGGAGGGAAUGGGCAUGGACUUCCCCAACAAGCGCCCGCGCGUGCUGUAAGUGCCGACUGGCGGGGCGCGCGGCGGCAGCGGGGCGGAGAGGCGGGCCGGAGGAUGGCCGCUCGGGUACACGGAGAGAUGGAGACAGGAGGAGGCCACGGCGCGGGCUGAGCAGACCCGCUGCACCGGAGGAGUGCGAGUGUCAGAGUGUCUGAGCUGUGUGUCUGUCAGAGUGUGAGUGUUUGUAUGAGAGCGGGUGCGUGCGCUCGAAUAGGUGUCAUCCAGUUUCUGCAUCCGUAUGAGAGCGGUUUUAGAUGCGUUUGUCACGCGGUCAUCCAGUUUAUCGAGAAACGCUCGGAAACCAUCGGCACUUCAUCGGUUGUUUUCAUUGUCCGACCUUUGGAUAUCAUUUUGCUACGGACGACUCCCAGUCCCGUUUCAUGGGGCGACAUUGGGCCGCUCGUGCUCCGUGUACUCCCGUAGCUAGACUCACUGCAUCUGCGCGUUAGUCCGGGUGCCGCGAUCUGCUCCGCUUCUGAAAAUAUACCGAAAAUCAGC